UAAUAGUAGUCUAUAACCCCUGAAAUCCUAGCUAGUACUUAAAACUAGCUAGAGAAAUUCAAAACAGCAACACCAAACAAAAAACAAGUAUCUUCUUCUCCAUAUCACACUUUCUCUCACGCUUCUUUUCUUUACAUUUCUCUCUCUAUAUAACAUAACCCCUUUGGUUCAAGUUCUUUUUAAAUUAAAUAUAUAGCUGGACUUUUUUUUGUCUUUGUAUGCCUUGCCUUAUAAGCACACUUACUUUCUACCCGUAUUUUCCUUUCUUCUUUCCUUCUGGACUCUCUUCUCUAGAACCUCUCUCUAUUCUCUCCCAAAGUGAUUGCUACUGCUUCAUACUCAGAGGGCAUGCCUGAAUGUCCAGAGAAAGGGAGAGAUUUGAUGAGAUAGGCAAGAAGCUGAAGAGGGAAGGAGAUGUUUCUUCUCAAAUGGGAAGAAGACACAUGUUGGGACCUCCUGGAACCCUAAACACCAUCACCCCUUGUGCAGCAUGUAAGCUUCUCAGAAGAAGAUGUGCUCAAGAGUGCCCCUUUUCUCCAUAUUUCUCUCCUCAUGAGCCCCAAAAGUUUGCUUCUGUCCACAAAGUUUUUGGUGCCAGCAAUGUCUCAAAGAUGCUCAUGGAGGUACCAGAGUGUCAGAGAGCUGAUGCUGCAAAUAGUCUAGUUUAUGAGGCCAAUGUGAGGCUAAGAGACCCUGUGUAUGGAUGCAUGGGUGCAAUUUCUGCUUUGCAACAACAAGUUCAAUCUUUGCAAGCUGAAGUCAAUGUAGUGAGAGGUGAAAUACUUAAAUACAAACUCAGGGAAGCUAGCAUGAUAUCUUCCUCUCAUGUCCCAAUGCUCCAAUCUUCUGGGUCUGUUUCAAUUGCUACUCCUCCACCACCACCGCCACCACCUCCUCCUCUUCCUCCAAAUUCUUCCUCUUCUUCCAUGUACAUCCAACAACAGAGAGAUCCCACCAAUUAUAGCAGAAUUUCUACUGAUAAUCUUCCUUAUUUUGGUUAAAUUUGCUGGCUGAAAUCAAGUAUUCCAUUUGUUUCUCUCUAAAGAUGCAUCAAUUGCAUGAAUUCUAUUUCAAUUUAGAAUUAAUUUAGCAAGUGACGUACAUCUCUGGAUGUUCGUGACUAUUUAUGUUAACAUGUUAUUCUGUGCCACUGAAGAAUCUGAGUUUGCUGUCUGAAGCUGCGGGAGACAAAAGGUAUGCUUGCCAUCUUUUCCAUGUUGAGUGUUCAGAAUUUAACUUGUGAGAAAUUUGGUUAAUUUAUAUGGGAAUUGAGAACCAUAUUUAUUACUGAGCAAUUUUAUUUCUUCUUAUCUAUCAUUUGUAUUAUACAGUAAAACUAUAUCAAUUACAAUCAAAUCUGAGUUUACUGUACACACUCUUGUUCUUUCUCUAUCUGAAGCAGUUUAAGUUCAAAAUUUGUGAUGGGAUAUUCAUUGUCGGUGAUGCAAACCGUUUACAUGCAUUUCAAGACAAAAAUGUAACCGGAUCUCUUCUUAUGAAUUGAAAUAAAAAAAUCUGUUUAUGUUGCACUCAAUUAGUUUUCAUUGUCCAAACACAUAUGAAUAAUGAAUUAACUUUAUCCAAAAUCACACAUAAAAGAACGUACAUACAUUAGACCUGAGGAAGUAUGAAUGUGGAAAUUAAUCUCAAAUUAUUUUAUUUACCAGCAAAAUAGUAUUUUACUAUGUGAGACAGCUUUAGUUUCUAGACACACUCAUUUGCUGUUUUAUGAUUUUGGAGAAUAUGAUAAGACUCAUUAUCAGUUUCCUUAAAUAUUAGUAGUUGAACUUGGCAGUUUCAAGAUAAAUGCACGCAUGUCCUAUCAAAACAAUGUCACUGCCUAAUUAAUUAGAUUAACUACAUUCUUUGAUGCGGCACUAGAAAGUUGAAAUUUCAACCUAAAUUUUUAAACAACUACUUUUAUUCACUGCAACCAAUAUUAAUGAGUACCAAAAUAAUGAUCCAAUGUGUGGAAUUUAGUAUU